UUGCUCCUGCUAGCAUGGCAAGUGUCUGCUCAGAGCUAGAGGCGAGUGAAAUUGAAUGAAAUUAGAUAUAUUUCCAACGUCACACUGAGCACAACCCGCUGGAACAUCGCAAGCGAACGGUCGACGGACGCUAAAGGAGUGGUUGCGGAGGAGAGAUUUCCAGUGCUGUUAUUUCAGCGUACUCUGCCAAACCUACUCGUCACUUGCGCUGAGAUACUGCGUCGUGCGCUAAUCCAAAAGGUCAACAAAACCUCCUGGAUUGAGUACAUCACUAUGUUGCCUGUUGCUCUUCUCGUCGUUCUUAUUACAACAUGGACGUCCAUUCCGGCAUCUGCUGCCACAUGUCCUCCAAUACCAUACCUCCCGAACGGAUAUUAUACUACCAGUGAUAGCAGUUUUACAAAUGGUGGCACAGCGACUGCUUAUUGUUUUCCAGGAUACAGGUUAAUUCGACCAUCUUCAAUCACUUGUAAUGGCACUUGGCCUAGUGGUGGACCUCGUCCAACUUGUACAUCAACUACAUGUUCUGCAGCACCAACAAUCGCUAACGGCUAUCUUACUUUCAACAGUAGGGGUUUUAUGGAUGGAGGUUCAACAAUUGCCAAUUGUUUUCCAGGAUACCAGUUGAAUGGACCAGCUGCUAUUACUUGUGCAAGUGGCCAGUGGCCUAGUAAUGCUUCUCUUCCAACUUGUACACCACUCUCGAAAUGCUCUCACCUCACUGUGGAUAAUGGAGAUGUGUCAAGCGGCUCAGGCAACUUGAACAACAUUCACAGUGUCACAUGUACUUCUGGCUUCGAGCUAAUGGGAAACUCAAUAGUGAUCUGCCUUGACGAUGGCAAUUGGUCUAGCAUACCUGAGUGUGUCCAAUCUGUGGAGUGCAGCUCCCUCACGGUUGCCAAUGGACAAGUCUCUCAAGGACAGAACACGGUUGGCAGUGUGAGGACAUUGUCGUGCGAUGAUGACUAUGAGCCCAAAAGCGAUAGGACAAUAGUCUGCUUGGUGAAUGGCACCUGGUCAAGCAAUCCAACGUGUCAAGGUGAGUGUGCGGCAAAUCUUGCAAGUACAAAAUUUACGACCCUCCACUUACUGUGGACAGCCGUAACAGAACCGUAG